AUGGCAAGUGGAAGCGCAGGUGUUGCACCAGGUGCAGGUGUGGAUGAUGAUGAUGACCCCGAGCUUGCUGAGGGCCCUCAAGCCCCGCAGGCUCCGGGGAACCCGUUCAGCCCGACAGGUGGUGGAGCAGGGAUGCUGAAUAUCAGCCAGAGCGAUCUUGUGCUGAUGAUGAGACAGAUGAUGGAAGCAACAACAGCGGCGAGUACAGCCGCGCAAGCAGCGCUGGCCGCAGCAACCAAGGAGCGCAAGUCAGGUCUGGGUGGAGGCGACGACGGCACUGAUAGGACAAGUGCUGCAGGUGAGAGUCUGCUAGGCUCUGAGAUCGAUUGGGGGUCUGAACCAAGUCCCUUUGAAAGCUGGGCUCUGCCUAGCAACGGAUCCGGUGAUCAAUCCUUUGAUCUCUUGCUUGCAAACAGCAGUGGGCCACGUGCAGACCCCAUUGAGGCCUCGAGGAGAUCCGAAGUUUCUUUUCCGGGGACUGAGGACGUGUCAUUUGAUCUUGCAUCGGGCUCUUCACAAGCCGCUUGUGGUCAUGUUGACACUGAGAGUGUUGGUGAGCUUUCUGAACCAGCACGGGGAUCCCUCGAGGCGCAACAGCAUCAGCCACUUGAUUCCGCAGGUUUCGUAAGCCACUUGCGUGCAGCAAACUUGAGUCUCCGAGAUGCUGAGCCGAAGUUCUUUUGGGAAGAAGGGUUCUGGUCUGAUUUCUUUAGUCCGAAGGUUGUGCCUGAAAGUGUGCUUCCAAAUUUCCGUGAUCGCAGGCCUGACCCAUUUGCUUUGCCUCCGCAGAGUACCGUGAAGCCUGUCGGCCCCGCACCUAACAAGAAAGCCAAAGUUGGUUUCAGUAACACCUUCCAGAAGGUUGUUAUCAACAGGCAGGUCAUCUCGUGGAAGGAUGCGCGCGAGGCUGCAUUCGAGACUUCGAUUAUCAAGUGGGUUGUUUUGUUCGGUUCUUGGGAUUGCGAGAAGGACCCCUUCCUUGCCGAUCUUGUGGGUCAAGACGAGUUAGUACAAAGGCGCAUUGUGGCUGAUUGCCUUGCACGAAAGGCACCAUCCACGUCGUUGAAGCGUGCAAACUCUUUGAUCAAACUCACCAAGAUUGCUACUCGUGCCAGUGUGCGCAUGCCUUUGGAAGAAUCAGAAUUGUACAACAUCCUUCAUGACGCAAAAGCAGGCGGCGCCCCUCUCUCCCAGCUCCGAGGCUUCAUGGAGAGCUGUACCUUUGUGAGGUUUGUCUUCGGGCUCGAUUUCCUCGAGGUUACUUGCAUAAGUAAGAGAUGUUGGGGUGUCACCGUGGCCCGCGCGGCUGCACCAGUGCGACAGGCUGAACCCUUGAGAGUGUCUGAUGUCAAGAAACUCCAUUAUGUGCUUAUGGAGGAUGGUGACGUGUGGAAUCGUUGCUUCGCAGGCUCAGCAUUGUUCUGCGCAUAUGGCCGAUGCCGAUGGUCUGACAUGCAGCAUUUAGACGGGUUCGAACUUGACUACUCGGACCUUCCAGGAUCUCCUGUUGCCUUCGUAGGAGGCGUCAUUGUCGUGCACAAAACAAUGAAUCUGCAAGGGCCCUUGCCUAGGUCCUUGGAGAUAAUUGCACCUGCGCAAGGUAUCAUUCAAGGAGACUGGGUGUCCUGCUGGCUAGCUGCCCGUGAAGCAGUCGGUUGCAAUUGGAGUUCAGGUCAUCCCGUCAUGCCAGCACCCAAUCAUUUGGGUGAGCCCACUGUCAGGGCUCUUGACAGUGAUGAGGCCGGAGCUUGGUUGCGUGUUCUGUUAAGCGACCGCGGGGAGCUUCGCACCACUUCUCAUUCAUUGAAAGCCACUUUCUUGAGCUAUUGUGCCAAAAGGGGAAUGAGUCACUUGGACAGGUUGGCUUUAGGCGGGCACUCGCAUGGUGCCAAGAGUGCAGAUACUUAUGCCAGGGACGCAAUGGCCAGGCCCUUGCGGCUGCUGCAAGGAGUCAUCCAUGAGAUAUCCCAAGGAAUCUUCGCUCCUGAUGCAAGCAGGGCAGGUCGGUUGUUGCAAGGGCAUGCAUCUUCGGAGUUGGGAAAAGAACUGGGUCACUUGGAAGCUUCUCAGCCAGUCGGCCCCGCUACCACAGCCGGGCCCUUGCCACGCGUCCCGAAAGACGAGGUCUUUUCUAUCAUGAGUUCAGACCUGCCAUCACCUUCUGCCGCUGAGGCCAGCGAGCAGUCGAGGGAAGUGCAGGACCAAUCAGAUCAGGCCUCUGGGGCCUCUGAUGAGGGCAGUGGUUCCGCAUCAGAUUCCGUCGAAGGAACAACCAGUUCAGACUCCGAUUCGAGUUCUAGUUCCGAAGAUAGUGGAUCUGCCCCAAGGCCCGCUCGCGUCCUUCAGUUGCCAACGCCGCCGGAGGGGUUUCGAUUUUUGCAACACACGAGCCCAAAGUCUCGGAUGCUGCAUUACAUUAAAGAUGGCUACCACAACGUAGUGCUGUGUGGAAGGAAGGUCACCGAUUGCCUCAAGGUUCCCACGCACAUCAGGUGGGACACCCCAGUGUGUGGAAACUGCACCAGGAGCUACAGAGCUCUGGGAAAUUAG